GUUUGUACCGUUCAGUUUGUUUUUGUCGGGCCAUUUGCGAGAGUCGUGUGUCGUUCCGUGAGAUACAACCAGCGAAGCAGAGAUAUUCUCGUCGUUCUAGAAGAUACGCCGCGGCAUACAACAGUCACAGCCACGGACCAAAAGUGAAGUUUGUUCCCCAACCCACCAAAAGAUAUCGAAAGAAAUCAAAUAUAAAUUGAAAGAAAAAACGUAUCUGUGAGAUACGCACGCGACAAGUGAGAGAGAGAGAGAGAAAAUUCAAGUGAAAGAGCUAAAAACCCGAAAAACCCGCCCCCGCAACAAUAACACCCCCCGGCUUAAGUCCACCCCAGCCCCAGCGUUGCGUCGCCACACACAAAAUUCAUUUGGAAAUAAAUCGUUUGUGUUUUUUUUUGUUUUUAGCCUCUUUGGUAAAGUACGAGUAGCUUUGUUUUUGUUGUUUAUUCGCUAGCCGCCGCCAAGUUAUUUACGUCGACAUCGCGCAACAACAACAGCAACAACAACAACAACAACGCAGACAAACAGUUACAGCAGCGACAACAGCAAAAACAACAAAUCGUGUCGGGGCGAAAAAUGUUUUACAAUUAAAAUUGCGCGCGGGCAAAAGUAUCUGGCAGAUACGCAAAACACACACAUACAGAGGGCGCAAUAUGCGCAAAUUAAACUAAAAUGCAGCAUAUCAGAGCUGUAAAAACUUUUACGACGACCACGCCACCCCCUCCAGCCAGUGCCACAGCCUCUCCACGGAGUGAGAGAGAGUCCUGUUCCUGCCACCCGCACAGUCGAAAAUAAUACCCAGAUACAAAUUAAGGUCGCUCAGCGGCAGCGCAUAAAACAGGAACAACAACAACAACAACAAUCCAGAGGGAAACAACAACACUGCAGAAGUUUCUACCUGAGGAGAGUAUAUUAGAGAGCCCAGGACAACUGCGGGAUCCGGGGAUCCUUAUACAAAAGGAUAUCCAGCAGGGGAGCAGAACACACACACACACAAAGGCCGUAAAACAUUUUGGGCUGCUGCUGCAGCAGGUCGUCCUGCGACUACGCCUCCACCUCUUCCUCCGGCUCUGUGUCCGCUCGUAAAUUUUCAACCCAAGCAAGCAACGAGCCAACACCAACCAACCCCACAGCCAAACAAAACAACAGCAAGAGCCGAAAUAUCCAAGAAGUAACUGCAUCUACAGCUAACCAGCAAAAGGAAAAACACACAAACAAAUUCAUACCUAUAUAUUUAUAUAGUGGAGUGUAUACAUAUAUAAAUAUUCUCGCAGAGAUGGCGGGCAACAUUGUCAAAUGGUGGAAGCAUAAAAUACUCGGCGGCUACAAACAGUUCUCAGUCCAGGAAUGCACCACAGAUUCCGAGGAGCUGAUGUAUCACCAGGUGCGUGCCUCCUCCUCGUGCAGCGCCCCGCCCGACCUGCUGCUGGUCAGUGAACGUGACAAUAAUAUACAACUGCGAUCGCCGGUGGUUAAUAUAAUCACCACACCGCCGGGCAAUGCCUCCGGCACGGCUGGCAACAAGCAGCUGCAGCAGCAGGGGCACCAGCAUCACCAGGCGCUGCCCCAUACCCAUGCCAGCAGGCACCACCAUCAGCAUCCCAUGCAGCUGCCGCAGGACAUGAGCAGCAGUGGCAGCCACACAAAGCAUUUGCGCAUCAGCAGCAGCAGCGCCGGGGGCAAGCAUGGCAAAUAUGCAAAUGUGCAACAGCAGACGGUGCCGCCAGGCGUCGAUGAGGAUGUGGUCGAUGCGGCAGCAGCGGCUCAGCCCUCAGCCCAACAGCAGCAGCAACAUUCGCGGCACUUGCACCACCACAAGGAGGAACGCAUCCGCUUGGAGGAAUUCACCUGCGACGUAUCCGUUGAGGGCGGCAAGUCCUCGCAGCCGUUGCAAUUCUCGUUCACGUUCUACGAUCUGGACGGGCAUCAUGGCAAGAUAACAAAGGAUGACAUUGUGGGCAUUGUGUAUACCAUAUACGAGUCCAUUGGCAAGUCCGUGGUGGUGCCCCACUGUGGCAGCAAGACAAUCAAUGUGCGCCUCACCGUCAGUCCCGAGGGUAAAUCGAAAUCCGCACAGCCCCUGCCUGCGGCAGCGUUCGGCGGCGGCAACAACAACAACAAUAGCAGCAGCAACAACAACAAACUGAAGAAGUUGCCCAUGGGACUGGCAGCUGCGAUGGCGAAACAAGUGAACGGCGGCAGCGGCGGAGGAGCGCUAACGACAUCCGCCGGCACACGCCGUCAGCAUCGGUAUCGACCGCGCAAACUGAUUAAGUCCGAUGACGAGGACGAUGACAGCAACAGUGACAAGGAGAAGGAUGCACUGGCUGCAUCAGCAGACCGUGCCGACCAGCAGCCAAGUGGGAGUGGCGGCACCAAGGGCGCUGGAGGCAGCAAGAGCCAUCACCAUCAACAUCAUCAUGGCAGAUACCAACAGAAGAGCAGCUCGAAAGUGGAACAGUGCUGUGUCGGGGCUGCCACGGAGCUCCAGCAAACGUCGGACAACACCUACGAGAACAUGUUGAAUCUCAAACAGGAGCAGCAGCCACAGCAGCCGACUGGCAACAGCAACGAUGUGGCCGAUUGUCCUUCGCAUCGCCAGUUGCAUCAUCAGCGGCAGCAGGACAUCUACAUGAAGCAGGCCACACAGCGCGUGAAGAUGUUGCGGCGAGCGCGCAAACAAAAGUACCAGGAUCACUGCAUGGAGACGCGACAGCGCAGCCUCUCGGUGGGCAAUGAUUGGCAGCAUCGCCACUUGCCACAGUCGCAGCAGCCACAAGCGGCAAAUAAGAGCGCCUCGGUGUCGCCACCACCGGCCAGUGGGGGUGAGCUAAUGCUGGAUGGGGUGCAGCUGCGUCAGCCACGUCAUCAUCAAUCCCAAACCCAAUCCCAUCAUCAGCAACAGCAGCAGCGCAAGUCCGCCGAGUGCUGGAAAUCGGCACUGAACCGCAACGAUUUGAUUAGCAUAAUCCGGGAGAGCAUGGAGAAGAAUCGUCUGUGUUUUCAGUUGAAUGGAAAACCCCAAGCCAAUGUGAGUCCCAUACGGCAACCGGCAGCACAACAACAACAACAACAGCAACGCCAACGCUCCAGUACGGGAUCGAAAAUUCCAACACUAAUUGCCAACCACAGUCCUGCCGCCCAGUCUCCGGUCAGCUGCAGUCCCACUUGCAGCCAUCCGGCAGCAGCCACCUGCAACAUUCCGGCGGCGUCAGCAGCACAGGCACAGGCUCCCAUCGAACAGGGGGGAGCAGGUCAUCAUCACGACCACCCCCAACCGCACGUACCCAUCUACCAUCAACAGUUGGCCAUUAAUCCGGCCGUGCUGGCAGCCCAGCACAGUCACAACAGUGCCCACAACAAGCUAAAUCUCUGUGGCUAUGAUUCGUUCCUCCAUGCCACAAUCUGUGGCGGCGGCUCGGCCGCCCACUCGCCACCACCGACAACGACGACGCCCAGCAAUGUGGCCACAGUGCAGCCCAUACCCAAGAAGAGUCACAAUCAAAAGAGUCUGCUGCAAGGCUACCAGCGACUGGAGCAGCAGCAGCAACAGCAACAGCAACAGCAGCGGUCCAGCAAGGACUACAAAAACUACGGCAAUCUCAUCUAUGCCAAGCUGAGCGAACAGCUGCAGCAGAAGGAGAGGGAGCAGCGCAGGCAUCGCCACAAGCAGCAGCAUCAGCUGCAGCAGAUCCAACAGCAGCAGCAGCCACUGAAACCCAAGGAGGAAUCUCUACCGGAGCAGCAGCGGGAGCAACAGCAGCAGCGUCCACCCACCUCCAGCUCUAGUUCGACGGGCUCGAAGAUCUUCGGCGAUGCCUUGGAGUGUGCCCAUCUGCUGGCCAGCGAGGAGGAGGAUCUGCCGGCCAGCCCACCGCUGACCAGCACACCCAGCAAGGUCGUCAGCACCGACACCCUCAUCGAUCUGAAUGACGAUGUGGGCGAGGCCGUGGCCGAGGCCGUCACCGAGGGUGGCAAGGCCCUGGAGGCAGACGAGGAUGAUUCGCACCAAGAGGUGGAGCUGGACACCAGUGCCUCCAGCUCGAUGAUUCAUCGCUAUGUGCAUGAGCACAUUCACCAUCACUACCAUCACUUCAAGGAGCAGCAGGAUGUGUGAAGGAAAACUACCCCCUAAAACGCACAGCUAGAACGAAUGAAACUAUAAACUAUUUGCAUGUUGCUUAUGUUUUUCGGUCCAAAUGGACUAAUAAGUAGCGCCAAUUGUAAUUUAAAGUUAGCAUUUAUCAGCCCAAGAAAAUAUUCGAAUCAACAGUCUAUAUGGGUAUCGUGUAUCGUACGUAGCCUUCCUAAAGCUUAUGCAAAAAACCAAAAUUCAAAUGCGCCUUUUUGCCUUGGCAACAUCCGAAUCACCGCUUUUUGCUAUGCUAAUCGAUCUAGCAACAUGCUGCAGCAACACACAUAUCACGUAUCGAAGCGCGCAGGCAGCAUGUUGCGCCCAAACAUUUUGUGUUGCUGACAAAAAAAACUAAAACUAAAACUACAAAAAAAGUACAGAAAUGUGUGGAAAAUGACUCUAUUGUUUAGUGAAAAAUAUUAAAUUAAUUGAAAUUGUUGUCUAUAAUAUGAAAUUUUAUGCAACGCUUUUUAGGUGUAUAGAAAGGAGCAGGCGAGGAGGACUCCUUAUGCGAGUUUUAAGUUAUCUACCGAGAUAUCGUGUAUAUUUAUGUUUUUUCGAAGCCAAUUUAUUUUAAACACUACUAGACUUAGUUUCUAACACUAACCGCCAACAAGACAAGCAACAAUGCAACUAAACAAAAACAAAAAAACAAAA